AUGGAUAACGUCCCCAUCUCUGGGCUCGACGAGCUCAACAACCAUCUUGACGACCUCAUUCAAGAUCCAAACCUCGCCAUCAUCCCCAAGCUCUUCGAUGAUGUGGAGCUUCAGCUCACAGACUCCAACAUCCCGCCUCUCAUCCCCUCACUCCUCCCCAAGCUCACUCAAAUCCUCCAACAAUACAACGACGACCCAGCCGUGAUCGUCUCCCUGACCAUCAAGCUCCUCCGCCCUAUAUCCUUCACCCAAGUCCUCCAGCUCGCCUCCGAAGACUCCCUCAACCAAGCUCUCACCUCCCCCGCCCCAGCAGCCCAACUCCUAGGCCUGACCAUCCUCCACAAAGCCGCCAAAACCCCCACCGAUGCCGCCAUCCUCUCCGUCAUGCCCUCCCUCGUCACCUCCCUCCUCACAGCCUGGCUCUCCUCCCCAAAAGUAGAAGUCGGCCAAAAAGCCUCCAAAGUCCUAGGAGACCUCCUAGACAUCGACUGCCCCCGUCCACCACCCCCACCACCCCCAGUAAUCACCACCGGAACCACCCCUUCUCAUCACGAACUCGUCCUCCGCCGCGUCCCCGGCAAGGGUGAACUCUGGAAACUCAUCUUCCACCAACCAUCCACCUACAACCUUCUCCUCGACCUCAUCUCAGGCCGCCAUCCAGGAACAGCAAACAACACCUCCCAGCUCUCCCUCGCCCAAGGGAGGACCCUCCGUAUCCUACCACGCUUGGCAGCCUUGAACAUUGACGCCAUCGCUUCAUCUAACAUCCUAGCCCCAACACCCAUCCACCUCACCAAUGGCCAUCUAACGGAUGAUGACUCUGACACGGAAAUGAACGGCGCAACAAGAAAUGAAAACGCGGCCACUAACCCUCCCCAGCAAGGAGAGGGGUUGCUGCAAUACGCAGCGUUGAGGAUGGUUGACAAGAGGGACGCGCUGAUGCACCUCAACCUGGUGGACUUUUUCGAGGCGUUUGUCAGUUUGAUGCGGAUAACCGAGUAUUCGGCUGUCAAGGAGGCGAUUGUCAAGGGUUUGCUGAGGGAUGCGGUGCCGCAUGAUGAUAUGCUCAGGGGCGCGCUGGACACAUUACCGGAUCGGACGGUGGCGGAGGAGGCGGAUGACUUGAGGGCGUGGUUGAGGGUGGUUAUGCCUCCGGUUGCGGAGGUGCCGUUGCGUUGA